GCUAACCAAUUCUCAUCUGCUGUCAUGAUGGUCUUUGCCUUGAGCCCGGGUAAAAGAAGCGUUAUCCAAAUGGGAUUGCGCAUACCUUUGUUUGCUCUGCUUUUCACGCGGUUUCGCUUAAGACUAUGUCAAAUAUUUUGCCACCGAUGGCCGUCAAUCACAGCGUGGACAAUGCAUCAGAACGUCCUCCAACCAAGCCCUGCGAAUAUCUGUUGCGGUUAUCGCGAACCCCGCAUGAGCGUCGUCGCUUCGUCAUUGAGCUUCUAAUGCCCCGCUGACCCUUAGAACGCGCUUUCUGUCACCAGGCUCGCUCGUUGAUUGUACGGCUAUGAGUUUGUAUUGCCGCGCAGCGGCAUGACGGCACGGGUACUGAUAAGUAUGUGAAAAAGAUUUAAUCCAGCUAACGGUAUUGCAGGAGAACCGCGGUACGGUUGGAUAGUACUUCAAUGCGAUGCUGUGCGUCGGACCUUAGCAAGGGAGACAGGGUAUACGUCACCCCGAUUCAAAUUUGAGGGUACAAAUUUCGGCCAUUAUUUCUCCGUCCGUCCAUCCGUCCGCCCGUCCGAACAUAUUGAUUGUAGCACAUCAAAGCACAUGAUCAGGACCGGGACAGAAACGAUCAAUUUGCGUCAAAUUUUUGUGGAGCAGCAUUUCACAUCGUGUUUAUAUUAACCUUGGCGUGCCCAUUGUUUAUGGUUGUUCUCAAGCCGUCCCAUUUUCUUCCCUCAUGUCGGCUUCAGACGUUCACCAAGGCCCUAUCAAGGUAGACGUCGAAAAACAUUCCGGCGACGCUAGCUCUGUAGUAGACUCUAUACUUGCAGAUGAUGUCGUCGAAAAUCGUGGAGACGGUGUCAGCACCGCAUACGAACGGAAGAGUCAUCUGAUUAAUCAGUGCCUUCAGCACGAAAUUGGCUUUGGCCGCUAUCAGAAAGAGUUGUUUAUUUUGUCGGGAUUCGGUUGGCUGGCAGAUAAUUUAUGGCUUCAAGGUGUAGCCGUAGUCUUGCCCCAAGUGCUAACAGACUUGAAUCCCCCCAGGGUGGAAUACGUGACACUUUCACUCUAUGUGGGACUAAUUAUUGGCGCGACAACGUGGGGCAGCCUUGCGGACGUGAUUGGUCGAAAGAUUUCAUGGCAGAUUACUCUCUUUAUAUGCGGCGUGUUUGGUAUCGCCGCGGGAAGUGCUCCCAAUUUCGUCGCGCUUUGUUCGCUUAUAGCAUGUGUCGGUUUCGGUGUUGGUGGAAACUUACCCGUGGAUGGUGCAUUAUUCCUAGAGCACAUUCCUCAGUCUCACCAGUGGCUCUUGACCUUCCUAUCUGCUUUCUGGUCCGUUGGCCAGCUAAUUGGGUCCCUUAUUGUCUGGGUAUUUAUCGCCAAUUAUCCAGUGGACAAGAGUUGGAGAUAUUCGCUGUAUACUAUGGGAUGUUUGACAUUUGCAAUGUUCUUCUGUCGUUACAUCAUCUUCGAACUCCAGGAGUCCUCCAAGUUUUUGGUCGCAACCGGUCAAGACGAAGAAGCGAUUAAAGUUCUGCAAUACAUUGCUAAGCGCAAUGGUAGGACUAUUUCACUGACAACAGAGAAGCUAUUGGCUGUCUCGGGUGGUUCUACUAGACAAGUGAGGGAUACAUCUGUCUGGUCCUCAUUCAAGAGAUCGUUCUCCCAGUUCUCACUCUCACACGUUCAACCGCUGUUCUCAACAAAGAGACUUGGCAUCAAUUCAUCACUGACUAUUCUGAUCUGGGGGAUUAUUGGGCUUGCUUAUCCACUCUUUAACGGUUUCUUACCGCUUUAUCUAUCAGAUCGCCUACCUUCCGGUUCGACGAAUCAAACGUAUCGUGAUUACAGUAUUACAUCAGUCUGCGGUAUCCCAGGAUCAGUUAUCGCAUGUAUUCUUGUCGAUUGGACGCGAAGCUCAGGCAAGAUAGCGAUUGGCGGCCGAAAGAUGGCGCUUGCAGUCUCCACAGCUCUUACAGGUCUAUUCCUAUUCUUGUUUACGACGGCUAAGGGCGAGGCAUCGAAUCUUGGAUAUUCAUGCGCAUCUACUUUAACACAGAAUGCGAUGUAUGGUGUAUUGUAUGCUUACACUCCCGAAGUUUUCCCUGCUCCCCAUCGAGGAACAGGUGAUGCUCUUUGCUCUGCCUUUAAUCGCAUAACAGGUAUCUUGGCACCGGUUAUUAAAAUUACCACCACAAACCGAGAUGGUAGCGCUUCGAGCAUCGGACCAAAUGCUCCUGUGUUUGUUUCUGCGGCGCUGUUCAUGGUCUCAGCAUUCCUUACCCUCCUGUUGCCAAUUGAGACCGCCGGCAAGGCCGCCCUUUAGGACGAAGUAGUAACUCUUGUCGUAUUACAGUCGCAAACCUGUUGACACAGGAGUGAGCAGGCUUCUCUUCUUGUUGCACUAUGUUGUUAUUUUAUAUCGCC